UAGCAGGGCCGCAGGGGUCAGGGGAGCUGCGAAAGGCGGGAACGGAUAAGAUAGCAACAAUAACAAAGGCCGCGCGAAACUGUUCUUCCUCCAUUCUCCAAUGGCCGCCGCCGCCGCCGCCACCGCAUUCUUUCCCUCCAUCCCGACUCCUCGGCCCCGCCUCACCGCCACCGUCGUCUGCCGCCCUCCGCCCAUAUUCACCGGCGCCACUGAUGCCGUGCCUCCGCCGGAGGACGAGGACUCCAGCGACGACGACGACGACGCCGGCGCCGCGCCACGCAGGAGCGGCCGCAAGGACCGUCGCCGCGCGGUGCGCAUCGCGUGGGAGAAGCUGGUCCGGUGGUCCCGCUCCUGGCGCCGCCGCAACCGCAGCGACGUCCUCGAGAGCACGCGCAAGGUGGUGGUUCUCGGGGGAGGGUCCUUCGGGACGGCCAUGGCGGCUCACGUGGCGGCCAAGAAGGCCGACCUCGAGGUGGCCAUGCUGCUCAGGGACGACCUCGUCUGCCGGUCCAUCAACAACACACAUAUCAAUUGCAAGUACUUAGCAGAACACAGAUUGCCAGAAAAUAUUGUUGCAACGACUAGUGCUGCUGAUGCUUUAGCAGGAGCUGAUUUCUGCUUCCAUGCUGUUCCGGUUCAGUUCAGUUCAUCCUUUCUUGAAAGUAUUUCAACACAUGUUGAUCCAAAGUUGCCAUUCAUAUCACUUAGCAAAGGGCUGGAACUCAAUACCCUUCGGACAAUGUCUAAAAUCAUCCCACGAGCAUUGGGAAAUCGCCGCCAACCAUUUGUUGUUCUGUCAGGACCAUCAUUUGCUGUAGAGUUAAUGAACAAAUUGCCUACAGCGAUGGUGGUGGCAUCCAAAGACAAGAAGUUGGCAAGUUCUGUUCAACAACUGUUAGCUUCCCCAAAUUUGAGGAUAAGCACAUCAAGUGAUGUUACAGGAGUAGAAAUUGCAGGUGCCCUGAAGAAUGUUCUUGCAAUAGCUGCAGGUAUAGUGGAAGGUAUGAGUCUUGGAAAUAACUGUAUGGCUGCCCUUGUUGCUCAAGGCUGUUCAGAAAUACGCUGGUUGGCAACGAAGAUGGGAGCAAAGCCAACUACUCUUUCUGGUUUGUCUGGGUCUGGUGACAUCAUGCUUACAUGUUUCGUCAACCUUUCACGGAAUAGAACUGUGGGGCUACGCCUUGGUUCUGGCGAAAAGCUUGAUAAAAUCAUGAGUUCUAUGAAUCAGGUUGCUGAAGGUGUAUCAACUGCUGGGGCUGUCAUUGCGUUGGCUCAGAAGUACAAGGUCAAAAUGCCAGUCUUGACAGCAGUAGCACGGAUAAUUGAUAAUGAAUUAACUCCAAACAAGGCGGUUAUGGAGUUAAUGAAUCUUCCUCAGGUGGAGGAAGUCUAACAAGGCUAGCAAUGGAGUUUUGCAUUUUUUCCACUUGGCUCCAAGUGUAGCUUGGGCCCUGGCCAACCAUAUUAAAAAUCUGCCAAAGACCGUUACUUUUUUGUACCAUUGCAUUGUUAAUGCAAAAGUGAUAUAUCCAUUAAUUUCAGAACACAUUGUCCUCUCCUUGUACACCGACAAAAGCUUUACUAUGAUGUUUCUUUUGAAGAAGGAAAUGUUCUCAAGCUCUGGCAUUAAAUUGGAA